AUGGGGAACUGGUCAGAACUUCAUCAAGAUUUAUUAGUGGAAAUUUUGAAAAAGAUUAUAUUUCACGAGGAUUAUGUCACUUUCGGUUGCAUUUGUAGAUCAUGGCUAUUUGCAGCAAGGAAUUAUAAUUUCAGCUACAAGUCUUAUCAGAUUCCUUGGCUUAUGAUUUCGGAAGAAAAUUUUAGUAACUAUAAAAGUUUCUUCAGCAUCUGGAAGGAUCGGAUUCGUGAUGUUUAUUUACCAGAAGCAAGGUGUAAAAUGUGUUAUUCUUCGAAAGGUUGGAUCAUCACAGUUGAUGUAGAUUAUUCUAUGAGUCUUUUACACCCUUUUUCUGGCGUUAAGAUUAAGCUUCCUAAUAUCAUAACUAUCAUGUCUCGUCGGGGUCUGUGUGGGUAUUUAAUCGCCAAAUGUGCCCUAUCCUCCAGUCCUUCAGUAACAUCAGAUUCCAUUCUUGUCGUUAUUUAUGGAGGACGAAGAGAAUUGGCCUACAUUAGACCGGGUAAGAAAAAUUGGAAUCGAAUAGAUAUUCGGGGAUUUCUCUCCGACUAUGUCGAUAUUGUCUUUUACAAUGAUAAGUUUUACGCAGUGAAUAUUAGGGGUGAAAUAUUAGUCUUCGAUUUUAGUGGUGAGGAAGUUGCGGGUCAUGCAGUGGCACAGCUUCCUUCGGAACUCGAUGAAAGAAACGAUGAUUAUAGGGAGAAAAAUAUGUUAUAUUUGGUUGAGUGUGGGGGAGCAUUAUUAGUGGUUUGCCGCAGGGCACAAUAUCUUGUUGUUGAAAAUAUCUUACAUCUUUCAACUUUUGAGUUUCAGAUUUUCGAAGUGGACUUGAGGACUAAUACAUGGACUGUGGUUAAGGAUCUGGGAAACAGAGCACUUUUUUUGGGAAGCAAUGUUGGAGAGGACAAUGGAGUUUAUAAUAUUCAUGACGGUACAACUGUUCCACAUUUUAAGGGUAAGUUUUACAGCGAAUUUAAGGAUUCACCUGUCUGGGUUGAACAGAGUUUUGAUGAAACAGAUAGUUUUCGACAUUUUUACUAAAUUUACUAACAUGUUUGGCUUCUGAUCGUUUUAUUCUAUGGUGCUUGUAGUUUGAAAGUUCUUUUAUUGUGAGGAAAGAUCUUGCUUUGUAUUUUCUUACAUAUUUUAAUAAAAAAUUGUGUCUGGUUUGUUUGUUUACACAUU